GUUCAAGUCAUUAGUUGCUGUGCAACCCUGACCGCCGGCAAGAGGUUGUGUGGAAUAGUUUUUGUGUUUAUGUUGUCAGUGCUAAAAUAGAUAAAAUAAAAAAAAUAUAUUUUUCGCAAAAACUUACCGGUCUGAUUUUGUGAUUUGCAGCUAGUGUCAAUAGUAAAUGUAUUUUUAUUCUAAAGAUUUAUGUAAAAAUUGUGCAAGGAAAACAUAAUGUUGGAAAAUGAAGUGUUAGCGCUGCAAAAUCAAUUGACCAUCGCACGCAAUGAAAUCAACAAAUUGAGACAACAAGUGCGCAAUUUGCAACAUGUACAAAGAAAGGAUAUUGAUAGUGUGGCCCGUGUCCUUCGAGAAUUCCGUUGUGAAGGUUGUCGUCGCCAAACUGCGGAGGAAAACACACGAAAUAGCAACGUUUCACCCAAGCAAAAUCAGCAGAUAGAUGACUCAAAUGCAGAGGCGUACAACGGUGUGCGAUGGCAGCAAAUCGGUGUGAUACGCACGGCAUUCCCCGAAAAACGUGGUGUACCGCGACAGUCGAGCGUAGGCGGUCGAUUGCGUGGCAUUGUGGAGUUGAACUCAGAUACUUUUACAAAUCCCGAACACGCAUUGGAAGGUCUAGAAGAAUAUUCACACAUGUGGCUAAUUUAUCAUUUUCAUAAAAACAAUGCACAUCCGAAGGCCAAGGUCGCACCGCCGCGUUUGGGUGGUGAACGUGUGGGCGUAUUUUCCACACGCUCACCACAUCGUCCCUGCCCAAUCGGUUUGUCCUUGGUGGAGAUUGAAAAGGUGGAAGGAGCUACGAUUACAUUCUUCGGCACCGAUAUGGUUGAUGGUACACCAUUGCUUGAUAUUAAACCAUUUAUACCGUUUUAUGAUUCGCCAGCUUUGCCAAUGGACACUGGUCGCAUUUCUGUGGGACCAUUGGAAACGCUUGAUUUUUACGAUUCUCGCCAAGAACCGGAUGGCGAAGAAUCAGAGCUUGAAUUGCUUGCAGCAGGUGCUACGGGCGGAAGUAAUAGUAGUAGUGAUGAUACUGUUGGUGGCAGUGGCAGUGGUAGUGGUAGUGGUGGUGGUGUAGGGAAUUAUCAUAGUUCAACACCGCCCAAUAUCGUUAACCACAUUUCACCGCCAUUGAGCGCUGUCAAAGUACCCAACUGGGUUGCUGGUAGCCAUCGAUUAAAGGUUUGCUUCAAUGAGCGUGCCGAAGCGCAAUUACAAGAGCUGCAAGUCAAUCGGCAGUGCAUAAUAGACAUUUUAGAAGCUGAUCCUCGUUCUGUAUAUCUACGUACGAAAUAUGGUUCACAAAUAUUCACUUUUCAAUUAAGUGAAGUAACCGUCACAUGUAAAUUCGAUGACAAAGCCGCUAUGGUAACAGUGGUGCAAAUCCGUAGAACGGAAAAUGUGCAGGACGAAGAAGUGACAGAGUGAAAACGAACUUUCUUUCACAUAAAUACAUACACAAUUAUGUAGAAAUGUUGAAGAAUUUAGUUUUAACGUAAGCAUACAAUG